AUGAAAGGUUCGGAAUCUACGCGCGCGGCUACCUCAUCCAUGCGAUCGAGACCGAAUCCGAUGAACGACACGAGCGACUCGUCAAGACCAAAACAAUCACCAAGACCAA